AUGUCAAAUUAUUUGCAGAGAACUAAAUUAAUUUAGUUAAUGGCAAUCCCAUUCAACUAAAGAUCUCAGCAAGAGAUAAAAGAUUUAGAAUAUUAUAUGAAAUGCUUCAACCCAAAUUUAGGUUAAUUAGAAGAUGAAGAAAAAGUUAACAUUUAUAAAGAAGUUUGUAAAUAUAUGAAAAUUGAAUGUUUUAAAUAAGAUGAUAUUGUUUAUCAACAUGGUACUGAAGGAGAUAAGUUUUAUUUACUCUUAGAAGGGGAAAUAGAUGGGUAUCUUCCAGAUAAUCAAGAAAAAGAGCUUGUGCUAGUAAAUUAAAUCAAAAUCAGCGAGAGCUUUGGUUAAAAGUCCUUGAUAUAUAAACAACCUAGAUUGAGAACAAUGAUAGCAUAAAAGGACUCUGUAUGUGGGGUUUUAUUAGCAAAUGAAUUUCUAUAAAUUUUAAAAAAAUCAUUCAGCUUAUAAGAAACCUAAUAAAUAAAUUUUCUUUGGGAAUUACCUUAUUUUAAUAAGCUAGAUUUUAAGUAAGUGAAAAGACUCCACUCAGCUUGCACAUUUGAGAUAAUUACAUAAAAUUAGCAAGUAUUUAGAGAGGAUAUUGACAUGGUUACAAGUUUUUACAUAGUUAAAAGUGGUGAUUUUGCAAUUUAUAAGAAGUUGAAGUCUAAACAGGGUAUUGAAUAAGAUUCUUAAUUUAAUGAAAGUUAGCAAGAAUAGCAAAUGAUGAAAAGCUAAAAAUUAAUAAAUAAAAAAAUUUAUAGCUUAAAUUAGUGUGAAUUUUUUGGAUUAAAUGAUAUUAUAAAGUCGAAUACAAAGAGAUCAUAUUCUGUUUAAUGUUUGUCUAAAUAAGGAGAAAUAUUUGUUUUAUCGAAAGAUCUUUUUUAUUUAAUAGUAAUGGAUAAUCCAGAAAGUGCUUCUUAUAUUUAAAUUAUAAAUAAAAAAUAAACUACAAAUUUAGAAAAUUUAAUAUCAAACCUAUAAGUUAACUAAUCUAUUGAUUCCUCAACAUCUACUCCUAACCAAACUCCUUUGUAAGAUGGGUAGGAUUCUCCAUCUUAAGAUUUUACUCCAAUAAAUAUUUCUCAGUUUUAUAAACAAUCAUAACGGUUUAGUGAAAAAAUUUAAAUUAAAUAUGAUGAAAAUCAUUAAAUUAUCCUUAGCAAAAAUACAAUUGAUAGCUUGCAUAGUUCUUAAAAUGGGGAUGAAUUAAACGAUUCUCUUAAAUAGCAAUAAGGUGAACUUAAAUAUACACCUUUUACUAGGAAGAAUAGAAAAAAGUAAAUCACUAUACAGCCUCAAAAUUCGUAUAGCAAUAAAAAUAUGUUAGAAGUUCUAGCAAAUAAAGAAGAUAGAAGAAAAAGCUAUUCACCAAAUGAAAUCACUAAAGAUUUGAUUGAUUAGCUAUAUAAUUUGAACAAAAAAAGUUAAAAUAUGAGAUCAUCACUAACCCAAAUACCUUAAAAUAUCUUAAGUUCUCCCAAAAAUGCUUUAAAUAUAAGUGAAGAUGCAAGAAAAAUAAAAUCAUUUGUUCAUCUUCCACAAGAUGAUUAAAAAUUAUAAAGAAGUGAUAUAUCAUAUGGAGAAAUUGAAAAUAAUCCUAAAAAACUAAGUGAGAAUAUUCAGUAUUCUUUUACUAACUUAAGCGAUAAAAAGAUUGAGACAAGUAAGGAAAUACUACUUCCAUAAAAAUAAUUACUUGGACUCUAAAAUAACGAAUUAUAUGCUGAUAUCCAUAGCUAAUAAAAAAAUUAAUAAAUUUUCAAUCAUUUAACUGAGAGAAAUGAUAAAAUUAUUUCUGUUGGAAAAACAUCAAUAGGAGAAUGUGGUGAACAGUAAAAUUAGAAUAAAAUAUAAGAAAAUCAUAUUAUUACAAUUAGCAUUCCUGGAAAUAAAAAUGAUACGACAUAAAUUUUAAAUGAAUAGACCUCAGCUAAUUUAUCUUAAAUACAAGAAAAAUAAAAUACAUAGAACAAAUCCUUACCUUAAAUACUCAUAAACUAAAUUUAAAAGGAACAAAUACCAUAAUAGUAAAUACUUGAAGUAGGAUAACCUACUUUAAGACAUUUAGAAGAAGAGGAUCUUUUAUUAUAAAAUUUUAAACAAAAUUUAAAUAAAUAAAAUGCUUUUAUAUCAUGUUACUCUUAUUUACCUUCUAUUAGCACUUACUUUAUGAAAAAAAAAGAAAAUCCAAUAGAUUUGAUGACUUUAGCUCAUCACACGAAAACUCAAAUAUCAGCAAAUCCUCGCAUUUAGCAAAUAGACAUUUAAAAGCACUAGUUAAAUAGAAAAUUAAAGUAGGGCCUUAAUAAAUCCUAAGAAGAUAUUUCUCUAAUUAAUUAGUCAAACGAUGAUCGAUUGAUGACUAGCUAAAUAGCUUAAAAUUAAUCUCAAGAAAUAAUUCAAAGCAAAAUGAACAAGCUUACUAAUAAUCCUAAUCAUAACCAAAACCAAGAAACUUAAUAUUUACCUUAAGUUGUAAAGCCAAACUUGCAAAAUACCGAGUAUCCAUUUCAAAGCUCGUAUUACCAUAAUUCAAGGCCAAGAAUGAAUGCAAACUCUUUGCACUAUUAAACUAAUUAUUAGAAUAGAAGCUAGAAUAACAGCUAAAGCUUUACAACUAAAAAUAAUAAUUAUAACUCUUAAACUAGAUUUCAAAGUUAGAAUAACUUAUAAUCAUAGACUUCGUUUGAAAAGAAGAGUCCUCUUGCUAUUCCUAGAUCUACUUCUCAAGAGUUAUAAACUAAAGUUAGUUAAUCGCCUAUAAAAUCAAUGUAAGCAGAAAAAGAAUAUUUAAAAAAAAUGUCUAAGCCUAGUUUUCUACUUGGAGAGAAACCUAAAAAGGAAGUAAUAGGAGUUUUCAAUGCAGAUUUUUUUACUUCUUUAAAGGGCAAAUUUAUCAAAUAAUUUACAUAUAAUCCCUAAAUAUUUAAAGAUAUACAGAGGUAUAAAUUUGAAGAUUUUCUUAAGAAGCAUCUUCAUGAUGGACCUUUAAGUGAUUACUUAAAAAAUAAAGGGACUGUCGACUCAUACAAUUAAAAAAAGAAAGACUUAGAAGAUUUUAAACGUUAAAAAAAGAUAGUAGAGGAUAUUGCAACCAAUGCUAUUGAAAGUCUAAAAUAUUUUCAUAGAUAAUAAAUGAGAAAGUCAUAGGGCCUACUCUCAACAAACCAUUAAGAUUAAAAACCAAAUAUUUUUAUGAGCAAUAACUCAAAACUUAAUUCAUUAAGUUUGUAGUAUCCUUAAUAGAAUCUAAACAAAAGCUAAAGCCCUCUAAGAAAAUCUGCAGAAAAUAUUAAUUUUUAAAACUCUCCUUUAAAAUAACAAUUAAAUAUUUAAAGAAAAUCUAUUCCGAACCAAAAUAUGCAUCGACAUACUCGUUCCCAAUAAGAUUUAAUAACUUCAAAUUAAAAUAAUGGUUUUUAUAAUAUUUAACAAGGAACACAAUCCCCUAUUACUCUCAAUAAAAACAUAAAUAAUAGAAAGAAAAAGACCCAGUUAAAUUUUAUGUUAGGCAAUCAUGGUAUAUAAAAUUAAAAUAAGCCAAUAAGAUUACACAGCUUGACUAACUAGCACAAAGGAAGCAGAUAAAGUUUUUAAUUUAAUAAUUAAUCAUAACUAUGA